CAUAAAACAUUACGGAGUAUAAGACUACUCCAGUGAAGCAAUCCAUGACAUUACGAAGUCCGAAAUAACAUGGGAUUGCUUGAGGUUAGGCGGUGAAGCAAUCAACAUAAGAAGCAAUCCAUCAGUUUCCCUAACAAUCCAUCAACAUUGACAAGGAAGCUCCAAACCAUUCGAUAUCUAAACGAUACGGAGGCGGCAAAUUUACGAAUCUGAAAAACAUCGAGCCAUGGCAAAGAGGCUGUUCACCGGCGAAUUGAAGCGGAGCUUUCUAAUUAAAAUAAAAAAAAAACUACAGCAGAAUUUACGGAGAAGCUGUGAAGUUGUUAAUCCCGGAGCAGGUGAAGGCAUGAGUGCUGCUGCUGAUUUGGGGCUAUUGUUGAGGGGGGAGGGUGGUAAUGAAGACAUAUUGUUGGAGAUACUAUCUAGGCUACCAAAUAGUCGAAUUGCGAUUCAAGCAGGGCUGGUUUGUCACCUUUGGCAUUCCCUCAUCUCCCAGCAGCACUUUAUUCCCAGGUUCAUAGGCCUCCAGGAACAAAAGAAGAAAGAGCAGCCUUAUUCCAUCAUAUUCCGCAUAGUAGAUGUUUUUGAGCAUGUUGCAGAUGAGUAUUAUCGGCCCAUCUGCAAACUGUUUUCGGAAGAAUCCAUGGUUCUCCACGGGGGAGUAAAGGAAUUAGAGACAGCCACAUCAUGUAGAAGUUAUCCUCCUUCAGGCAGCCACGGCGGCGUCCAGCCGCCUUCACCCAACAUGGUCAUAAGAGCAUCUUGCGGUGACUUGCUGCUGAUGUCGCAAGGUGGACGCGACUAUAUGGGUAAGCCAAACUCCUACUAUCUCUGUAACCCAGUAACCAAACAGUGGCUCCAUCUCCCCCAUGUUUGGUUCGGAGACUUCCUGAUUGGGUUUGCAGUAGUUCGCAUGCCGCCCGCUUGUAACAGCAGUGGCAGUUAUGAAUACAAGGUUGUUUUCAUUCAUUUUCCCCAUGAUUGUGGAGACGAUGAUUUUGCUCGGCGAGGGGACAGUUGGAAGUUUAGGAUGUCCAUUUAUUGUUCAAAGUCAAGAAAAUGGAGUGUUAAUUUAUGGUUUCGAUAUCCUGUACCCAUUACCACCAAGACCCCUAGGUUUUUCAUUAACCCAAUCACUUGUAAUGGAACUAUUUAUUGGUUCAAUUGCGGUGUUGUUCCUGACUAUGUCAUUGCCUGUGAUUUGGCGAAAACCCC